ACACGAAGAAAGUCGCGGUCGGCGGUCAGUCGGCAUUAGGGCUCCGGAGUAGACGCACGCGUCAUGGUCUAAGCAUGUCGUUCCGUAGGCUUCUCACCGCGAUGCGAUCGGCCAGAGACGCUUUGAACCGCGGCGCGCCUAUGGAUGGGCUUCUGAAGUCGUUGCUAUCAGUGAUUGUGAUAUGUUGUAUUGCUGUUUCAUCACCGCAAACUGCUUCAGCGAAGCCCUUCACUUUCAGCUUACCAGCGAGCUGGUCAUUAGCAGGACUGGUUGGUACAGUAGGUGCCCGAUCAGACGGCAUAGAUCGUAAGGAAGCUGGUGUGAAGCCAUACUCCGGCCGUCGCGUGAGCAAUGACACUCUUCGUAUGAUUUACUUCCACGAUCAGACUGUGGCUGUGGUUGAGCUGGGGGAGGAGAAGCUUCUGCUUAACUGCGAGCUUAUCGAGACUUACGAUGAAGAAGAUACGAGCCGACUGCUUCGUCAGCUGAGCAGAAUCAACCGUCCUCUCGGCAUCACCUUCCGCCAGAUGACCAAGCUGAUGGGCCAGUGUCAGCAGGUAACUUCACGGCUCUACGAUCAGAUUGAGGGCGUGGAAGCUGGUGAUAAUAGCAGAGAGUCGAUCUGGAUGGAAGAGAACGACGCGCAGGCUCGCCUACGAGCUGGUGGCGCCCACGCCGGCUUGUUGGGCGGAAGUCCACUUUCUCUACUACAGGGAAUCAUACCAGGUACAAAGUGGUGCGGGACGGGCGACAUAGCGACAGACUACCACGACCUGGGCGCAGACCGCGCCUUGGAUCGGUGUUGUCGCACUCACGACCUCUGCCCGACCAAGGUGCGCGCCUUCUCGAGACGAUAUAACGUCACCAACAACUCUCUGUAUAGCAAAUCUCACUGCAAAUGCGACGACAUGCUCUUCGAGUGCCUCAAGGCGACGAACACCUCCGCGUCGCACCUCAUGGGUCACAUCUACUUCAAUUUAGUCCAAGUUCCUUGUUUAGAAGACCGACCGAACGGCAUACGGUUUCGAGAGGCUCGACCCGGCUUCUAGCGACGUCGGCGGCCGACACCAAAGCUUAGUUCGAAUUGCGCCAUCUAGCGGUAACGUGCACAGAUUUAAUUUUACGCUGUAAAUUGCAUUUAAUGUAAUGUUCAUCGUGAAUUGUUGUAAAUAAUUUAGAACCUACUUAUCGUGUAAUUAUAUUUUAUCGUAACUAAUUAUUUAGACGUUAAACCUGUGAUAUGUCUGUGCCUUGUGAAGUAUUUUGGGCGGAUAGAUGGCGCUUUAAAAUAAACUAAAUAAUUGUAAUUUUAGUCACUAUAGUACAUUAUAAGAAUUAUUUAUUUACUUCUGUUUAAAUUUUAUCAUCAUUCGUCCGAUUUAAACGACAUUCCGUAUAUUGUUUUAUUUAUUAGUGUUAUUGUUAUGGAAAAUAGAAAAAAUAAAGUUAAGGUGAACUAAAA